CCGCCACCGUCGAAGAAGACGAUGCGGAAGCGACUGUAAACCACGAUGAACUGAAGCGUGUGCGGUAGGAGAGGCUCAGCAGUCGGUUAUCCAGAAAGUUCCACCAAAAGGCAGCGCUGAGGGUGAAGCGACAGAGCAAGUUCGUAGCUUGUCCACACAGCGGAAACACAUUAUACGCAGGACAUGUCGGUUAUUUCCGAGGAAAACGUGCGAGGUGGGAGCGUUUUCAAAGACAUCUGCGCCGACGAUGAAGACGGGCAACCCACGGAGAUCGAGAGCCUGUGCAUGAACUGCUACCAAAACGGUACCACACGCCUGCUCCUCACCAAAAUACCGUUCUUCAAAGAAGUCAUCGUCAGCUCCUUCAGCUGCGCCAACUGUAGCUGGUCCAACACUGAAAUCCAGUCUGCGGGCCGGAUCCAGGACCAGGGCGUCUGUUACACGUUGACGGUCAAGACCAAGCAGGACUUGAACCGGGAGGUGGUCAAGGCAGACAGUGCGACCACCAGGAUCCCGGAGCUGGACUUUGAGAUCCCACCUUUCACGCAGAAAGGGUCGCUUUCAACCGUAGAGGGUCUUUUGGACCGAGCAGUUGCGGGUUUGGAGCAGGACCAACCGGUCAGACGAGCGACUGACCCCGAGGUGUCGGACAAAAUAGAUGAAUUCAUCAGGAAACUAAAGAAGUUGAAAGAGGUUGAAGAUGAGUUCACUUUGGUGAUCGAGGAUCCAUCGGGGAACAGUUUUGUAGAAAAUCCAGUUGCCCCUCAAAAAGAUGAGGCGCUCACCGUGGUCCACUUCAAACGGACCGUCCAACAGGAACAGCAGCUGGGGAUCCGGGCUGAUGAUGACGACGCGCUUGGGGAACCAGCAGGCAAUGACCUGGACACCAUGAGAGGCGAGGUUCUAGUCUUCAACACCAACUGUCCAGAAUGCAACGCCCCCGCGUCGACCAACAUGAAGCUCGUCCAGGUCCCUCACUUCAAAGAGGUCGUCAUCAUGGCCACUAACUGCGAGAGCUGCGGCCAUCGGACCAAUGAGGUGAAGUCCGGCGGUGCCACGGAGGAGCUCGGCACCAGGAUCACCCUGCACGUCACCAGCCCUUCAGAUAUGACCCGAGACCUGCUCAAGUCGGAGACGUGCUCCGUCAUCAUCCCAGAGCUGGAGUUUGAGCUGGGCAUGGCUGCGCUGUGCGGCAAGUUCACCACACUGGAGGGGCUGCUGAAUGACAUCAAAGAGCUGACUGUGUCCAAAAACCCCUUUUUCUGCGGCGACAGCAGCACCAGCGAUCGGCUGCAGAAACUGGGCGAGUUCGGACAGAAGGUGGACAAGGUUAUCGCAGGUGAACUGCACGUCCACGUGGUCCUGGAUGACCCAGCUGGCAACAGCUAUCUGCAGAACGUGUAUGCUCCAGACCCAGACCCCGAGAUGACCAUAGAGAAGUACACGCGCUCCUUUGAGCAGAAUGAGGAGCUCGGUCUGAACGACAUGAAGACAGAGGGGUAUCAGACUGAAGACUGAAGGAGCACCGGCAACAAGGACUAAGACAGAUGAGAGUUUAAAAGGCCAUGUCAAUCACCCAGUGUAUUCUUGCUCCAUAUUUUCAGCUACAUUGGUUUAUUAUUAGUUUUCAUAGCUUUUAAUUUAUACACUGGUCUCAUGGCUGUUUCCAUCCGUAGAAGGAUUAAUGAGAAGAAUCCUAAGUUGUAUAAAUGUGCAGCGAGCAGAAAUCAAACCUACAGAGUAGCAGGGAUCCUACUGUUUAGACAAGUCAAGUGUGUUCUUGUGGCAUCCCAAAAGGUGGCGCUCUGUAAUCUCUUAUUAAAGGUUUUUUAUUUUUCAAAGGGACCACAUGCUGCAAGACGAAUUAAGCUUUUUAUGCACAUGAGAGCAUGACAUCUAAAUAAAGUCAUAUCUAAAAGAU